CAGUAGUGUACAUCAUUAUUUCCUUUGGAAUACUGAAAGCGGGCGGUUAAUACACAUUAAAGCGGGCGAUUCGAAGCAACUAGUUCCACAUAGAACUGCAGGUACUUCACUAUAAGGACUACUGCGAUGUUUCAAUUGGCACCAGAACACCUGUCCGUUCCACAAACAAUUCAACAUGGAACCAAUGUGAAGUUCUAUGCGUUGCUGAUCUGUUGUUUGCUCAGCAUAAAAGCCGCGACAGCGUUCACCAUCACCGGCAGAUAUUGCCAGCGAAAUGUUAGUGUGAAAUAUCAAGAGCCAGUGCUGCAUAUGAAUGACCGCCAACAUGUACAACGUAGCACAGAUUAUAGUGAUGUUUUGGACACAGCAGAGCACAACACACUUUUGGCCGACGUCGCCGUAGUCAAUAUCACCGAAAACUAUCUUACAUACGAACCGCGCGUACGCUGGGAAACUACCAAAGUUUGCUGUCCUGGCUACAGUCCGUUGCUCUUCGGCUUUUGCGAACCCAUCUGUGCUACUGGCUGCCCGCGCUACAGCCAUUGUGCCACGCCCAAUCAGUGUCAGUGUUUGCCGGGUUACGAGGAGCAUCAUCCGAACAAUAAGAAGCUACAUCAGCUGGACUGUCGGCCAGUCUGUGCCAAUGGCUGCCCGCUGCAUAGUCAAUGCGUGGCUCGAAAUCGUUGUCAUUGUCGUGAAGGCUUUCGGAAUACCAGCAAAUGGUGGUUCCUGCCGUUAAAGUGCGAACGCAUACAGUGUGCAGCGCCCGAUCAACGUUACGAUGUUGCACAGCGUUUAUGCGUGAAGAUAGAGAUGAGCAUGGAAGAAUUGAUGCGAAAGGUCGCUGAACGCUUAACAAAAGGUUUGAGUAAUGCCACGGCGGAAGACAGCGGAGAACAAAGCAAUGAUGAAGAGGCAGCUAGUGAAGAGCUAGAUAAUAAAAUUGGGCCAGACAUUAAUACGUAAUCUAAGUUUGUAGAUUUAGACAUAGGUAGUUUCGAGAGUUUCUCUCCUCUAAGAAGGAUGUCAACAAUUUUUAUUAAAACUAUGCUUGUGUUUAUAUGUUCUAAUGUAAAAAAGAUGUUUAAGAAAAGCGAAUAAAU